UUAAAAUCAUUAAACCUUGAAGAGGCCUUAAAGCCCAAAAGAACAUUUGAAAUCGACCCCACUAAGUGACCCAACUAGAUUUUAGGUGAACGUCACUCCAUACUCGAAAAAUAAAAAGUAGAAGAAGAAGAAGAAGAAAGAUUUGUACUUUAAGCCCAGCAAAUUUCUGACACACAUCAUCAAGUAGGCAUUGAAAAGAUCAUUUGUACCAACGAAGAAAACGAAAGAGAGAGAGGGAGAGAGCGAAGGAGAUCGGGUGGAGUUUUUGAUGAUAUCAGACUUGUCCGUAGAUGCAAAGAUUAAAGCUUUAAUUUUUUUUUUUCUUUUUUUAAGUUGUCUUGGAAGAAGAAGUACCACUGCUGAGAGAAAAUCUUAAAAGAUUCAACAUUUAAUAGGUGCUGACAUAAAGAUCCAGCUUUUGCUCUAUGGAGCCUCGUCAGGAUAAUAAAGCCGAGGCUUCAUAUACAUUUGGUGAUCGAUCGAGCAGUGACAUAGUUGUUAGACUAAGAAACGAGGAAGGACGGGACGAUUGGAUCUAUUGCCAUUCCAAGAUCCUUACUAACAAAAGCCAGUACUUCGCUGACCGUCUCUCUGAUAAAUGGCCUACUUGCAAGAUUCUUGAUUCACGCUACUGUGUUGAAGUCAUCUGUCAAGAAUCAGAUUAUGAUCAUCAUAUCAAUCUCUUAAGACUUCUCUAUCUUGUCUCUGAUGAUGUUCAUGAGGAUAACCUUUGUCAUAACGUGAAAAGUGCGUUGGGGAUCCUCUGCGUAGCUAAAGAACUUAGUUGUCCGCAGAUUGUUACUGCUUGUGUGAACUACUUGGAAGCUGUUCCAUGGGAAGAAGGUGAAGAGGAAGAGAUUCUAAGGAUUGUACCUAGAAUUGGAUCAGAAGCAGAGCCAGUUCUUGCCCGUCUCCAACCAGUUGAUCAGUCUGCUGUUAGUGGUAUCUUUGUAUCUGCUUUUAGGUUUGCUACUUCGUCCCCACCUUUGCCCUUGGGAGACAUAAAGUCCUCGGCUCAAGAACAGAUUGAGUAUAUGAUAACCGAAGAUGAUGAUGCACCAUUGUUGAUUGCUGAUGAAGAGAUCAAGCUUGAAGUAAAAGAAUGUGUAAAGAGUCUGUUUGUAAGAUUCUUCCAAUGUCUAGAAGAAACCUCUUUCAAACCUUUGGAGUCUGAGGAUAUUAGCAAAAAGGGAUCUUUUAGGAUGGUUCUGUCUGACUUGUCGUGGGCUUUUCAGAUAUUAACAAAGAUGGAAGUGGUUAAAGAAUUUGUAGUAACAUGGGUUGACACAUCUGAGAAGCUAGUUAAGGUAGUUGAGAAGUUGGAAACAUCAGUUACAGAGACGGUUGAGAUAAGAGUUAAGAUCAUCGAGGUGACUUCAAAAGUCUUGGAAGCGAUCGGUUAUGGAACAGUGAUAUUACCAACAGCGAAACGGCUUCAGAUGGUGAAACUAUGGCUUCCUUUUGUAAGAAACACAAAGCCUCUUGUUGAGUCAGUGGUAACGGAAGGUGAGGAGGUUGAAUCUGUUGUGAGGUAUAAAAUUGAUGGAGAGAUAUGGCAAGCUUUGGAAUCUUCCUUUGUAUCGAUAAUUCUGGCAUUGCCAUCUGCAGAUCAAGCUGAGAUAUUGACUGAAUGGUUAAGCAAGAAUGGCUUGUAUCCGGAUUUAACAGAAGCUUUCGAGGUUUGGUGUUACAGAUCUAAAGUCGCCAAGAGAAGAUUGGGUUUAACCGGCGGCGAAGAGGAGAACGGCAUGUCUUAAACUCAUUUCCUCAGCUCUGAGUCCAGAGAGAAGAAGCGUUCCAUUAUUUGUUGUUGUUGUGUAGGUGUCAUUUAACCCUUUUGUGUCAUUGUGUGUUCUCUGCCAAAUCCCUUCAUAUUAUCCAUUGGCAGUUUCCACAAGUCUGUAAAUACUGUUGACAAAGAUCUUGUCCUUCUUUAGUCACUAAGAGAUAUAUUUCCUGCUAAAGAUGUAUUGUAGGAUGUCGGUCUGUCGAUCACUUCUGGUUUCUCUGCAACUAUAUCACGGAACUUAGGUCCCAUUAGAUCAUUAAUGGAUGACGCUCUUGAUGA